AUGAACCAGUUCGUUCCUGCAGAUUGGACCGGCAACAUGGGAGACGCCCUGCCGCCAUUAAGCAGCGAAGACGACGGCCUCGUCGAGCUGCUGUGGUGCAGCGGCCACGUCGUCAUGCAGAGCCAGGCGCCUCCAAGGCAGGCGGUGCCCGAGCAGGAGGCGGCGCCGUGGUUCCAGUACCCCUUCGUCGAUGAAGACGACUGCUCGGUCGAGAGGGACCUCUUCUCGGAGAUCUUCGGCAGAAUGCCGGCGGAUGGCGCAGGCAGGCCGUGCAAGGAGGAUGAUAAGCAGCGAAGCGCCGCGGACGCGGUCACCGCGCUCCGAAGCGGGGUGAUGCCGCCGCCGCUGCUGGCGGGUAAAGCAGGGUUGCACGGCGGCGGCCCGCGCGGCUCGCCUGUCUCAGAGGCCGGCGAGUCCUCGGUGGUCACGAUGGCAUUCAGGAGGCCCUGCGGCGGGAGCAACCAGGCCCAGACGCCCCACGUCUCGGAUACCGCCCGCGACGACACCGUGCUGCUGCCGCGGAGCGGCAGGGAGGCCAGGGACGCUAGGUCCUACCUCAGCGUGUCGGCGACGUUGACCUCGUCGUCGACGUGGUCGAGGCCUUCUGGCACCAGCAAGCGGAAGCUGAGCGAGGUCCCCAGUGAGGUUAUGCAGGACGUGGAGUCGGACUCCGCCGACGUGACGUGCGAGACGGCGCGGAAGCCGACGACAGCCAAACGGCGGCGCGCCGCCCAAGUGCACAACCUCUCGGAGAGGAGGAGAAGGGACAGGAUCAACGAGAAGAUGAGGGCCCUGCAAGAACUCGUACCCCACUGCAACAAAACGGACAAGGCGUCGAUGCUGGACGAGGCGAUCGAGUACCUCAAAUCGCUGCAGCUGCAGCUGCAGCUGAUGUGGGCUAUGGGCGGCCGCAUGGCGCUGGCGCCGGCGCCGGUGAUGUUCCCGGCGGGCGCCCACCAGUACAUGCAGCGGAUGGCCGCCAUUAGUUCCCGGAUGCCGCCAUUCACGACUGGCGUAUAG